UAACUUUCUGCCUACGUCAUAGCCGGUUUACAUAUUAAUUAGUAAAAAGUUAUAUAUUUAAUAAUUUAUUUUCAUGAUUUUUAAAACUUUGUUCUGAUUACAAAAAAUAAAUUUUGAAUCAUCAUAUUAAAAAAUUGAAUUAAAAGGAACGUUCCGUCGAGUUUUUUAUAUUUAUUUGUGGAAGAAUACAUUCAUCCUUUCAGUGACACGGUCGCCAUUCUACAUACGUGACCAUUGAACUCCGUCAUAAAAGUAUUCAUUUUAUAAAUUUAAAACUUAAAUUAUUAUUUUAAAAUGUCAGGAAGAGAUAGAAUGGGUCGAAGAGGUGGUGGUGAUAGAGGAGGUUUUGGUGGAAGGCGUGGUGGUGCAGGUAGAGGUGGUUUUGCAGGUGGGCGAGGUGGCAUAGCUAAAGGGAAAACGCCAGGAGACAGGCUGCGAAGGCCACGUUGGGAUACUUCAAAGUUGUUACCUUUUGAAAAAGAUUUUUAUAAUGAACAUCCUAAUGUGCAAAGAAGGUCUCAUCAAGAAGCAGAAAAUUUCCGUCAACAUUAUGAAAUCACAAUUCGAGGCCCUAAUGUUCCAAAGCCUGUGGCAAAUUUUGAGGAAGGUUCUUUCCCAGAGUAUGUAAUGGAAGCUGUGCGUCUUCAGCAAUACAAGCAACCUACUGCUAUUCAAGCUCAAUCUUGGCCAAUAGCUCUUAGUGGUCGGGACUUAGUUGGAAUUGCCCAGACUGGUUCUGGAAAAACUCUAGCUUACAUUUUACCAGCUAUUGUACAUAUCAAUCAUCAACCACCAUUAGAACGAGGAGAUGGUCCAAUUGCCUUGGUAUUAGCUCCAACAAGAGAACUAGCCCAACAAAUCCAGCAAGUUGCAAUUGAUUUUGGACAAACCUCUCGUGUUAGAAAUACCUGUGUUUUUGGAGGUGCCCCUAAAGGGCCACAAAUCAGAGAUUUAGAAAGAGGGGCUGAGAUAUGUGUAGCUACCCCGGGUCGCCUUAUAGACUUUUUAGAAGCAGGGGUGACUAAUCUACGUCGUUGUACAUAUCUUGUUUUAGAUGAAGCUGAUCGGAUGUUAGACAUGGGCUUUGAGCCGCAAAUUAGGAAAAUUUUAGAGCAGAUUAGACCUGAUCGCCAAACACUUAUGUGGAGUGCUACUUGGCCUAAAGAAGUUAGAGCAUUGGCUGAAGAUUUCUUAAAAGAAUAUGUUCAGAUUAAUAUCGGAGCCCUACAGUUAUGUGCAAAUCAUAACAUUACUCAAAUAAUAGAUGUCUGUGAAGAAAGUGAAAAAGAAGCAAAAUGCUUCAAGCUGUUAGAAGAAAUCAUGACAGAAAAAGAUAAUAAGACAAUUAUUUUUGCUGAAACUAAAAGAAAAGUAGAUGAUUUAACCAGAAGAAUGCGCAGAGAUGGGUGGCCCGCCAUGUGUAUUCAUGGAGAUAAAUCCCAACCUGAACGAGAUUGGGUUUUGAAUGAAUUCAGAACUGGCAGAUCUCCUAUUUUGGUUGCCACUGAUGUUGCAGCACGUGGAUUGGACGUUGACGAUAUAAAGUUUGUUAUCAACUUUGACUACCCGAAUUGCUCUGAAGAUUAUGUUCAUCGAAUUGGUCGUACGGCUCGUAGCAAUAAAAGUGGCACGGCAUACACUUUCUUUACAACGAGUAAUAUGAAGCAGGCAAAUGACUUGAUAAGUGUUCUCAAAGAAGCGAACCAAGUUGUGAAUCCCCAACUCUAUGAAAUAGCUGACAUGGGUAGAGGUGGAGGUGGCAGAAUGAGAAGUCGAAACAUGCGUGGCGGACGAGGUGACAUGCGUGGUGGUAUGGGACGAGGUGACAUGCGAGGAGGUGGUGCAAGAAGAAAUGAUAUGCGUGGUGGUGCUGUUGUAAGGCAUGACAUGCGUGGUGGUGCUGUUGGACGACAUGACAUGCGUGGUGGCCGUGGGGAAGAACCCAGAGCUGGUCGUCCUCAAGGAAAGGAAGGAUUUGGCCCUCCCCGAAAUGACAGAGGUCGAACUGAUGAUAGGGCCAGAAAUAUGGGUGGUCGACCAGAACGUGGACCUCCUCCAGAUCAGUAUGGGGCUGACCGUCAGCCUCCUCAUUAUGGUAGAGAUGGACCUGCUGGAAAUUUUGGUAGAGAUAAUCAAGGAGGAGGCUAUGGACGUAAUCAACAAUCUGGAUUUAAUGGUAACCAAGGUGUAGGUUACAAUAGUGAAAGUGCAGGUUAUGGACGAGGAGGACCACCAAAUGGUAGUUAUGGAAAAGAUAACCAAGGUUAUAACCAAGCUCCACGUGGAGGACUUUUAAAUACUCCUCAGGGAGGAGGUGGAGCUUAUCCUCCUCAAGAUAGGACACAUACUGAUGCACGUUAUAAUACACGAUCUCAGCCUGGAGGCCCUUCUAGAGGCAAUCCAAGAUCUGAAAUCCAUGUACCUCAUGGGAGGAAUCAAGGUCCUCCCACAAAUCAAAGUAUGAAUGGUCAGUAUAUGAAUGGACCACAAAUGAAUGGAGCUGAUCGCCACACAAACAGAGGCAAUCAAGACAUGAGUAUGUCUCAUGAUUCCCAUCAUAGAGGACCCCCUCCCCGUCGCUACCAGGAUCCUAACCUCAUGAAUGGCCCUCAAGGAAAUCAACAUAUGAAUGGUCCUCCAAAUCCUUCUCCUAAUAGCCAGCAAAGAAGUAGACCAAUGUCUCAUGCACAAACCAUGCAAUCAUUAUUUCAGCCUCCACCACCCCCACCUCCAGGUCCGGGACCAAAAACAUUGAUGGGGCCACCACCUACCCAAAUGAACAAAUAUUAUUAAAAUAAGAACUUGAUUUCAAUUCAUCUAUAAUCUCCAGAUGGGAUUAUGUGUUUUGCUCCCAAAGCUUUCUUAAUGUAAAUAGAUCAUAUUUAUUUUUUAUUAAAUUAAUUUAAACUCUU